GUGGCAGCACGGUAGGCACGGUCGUUUUCGGUUGCGUUGGAAGGCGCCGGCGAUGUGUUGUACCCAUAGUUGUAUCUAGCGUGCCUGCUCAGGCAGCAAAAUUGACAAAAUCUUGAAGGCGCCUCCGACGGUUUCGCCAGCCACAACCGAUCGUUUUCUUUACAUUGGCGCCGUCACAAAAAUGGCCAAAGGCUCUCUGAAGAGCAGACUUGACGGCAGCAGCCUCGACCUGAGUCUGAACGAGCUCACCGAGCCACCCGUGAAAGAACUCGCGGAACUACCAAAAGCCGUGAAGCUCGACUUAUCUUGCAAUAAAAUCGCUGCGCUUCCCGAUGCGUUCUGUGCCUUGACGCAUCUCAAGGAGCUCGACCUGAGCAAGAACCAGCUGCGAGAACUGCCGGCGAACUUUGGCCGCCUCAAUGCCCUACAUAAGCUCGACCUCUACGGCAACAACUUGACGACUCUGCCGUUGAGCAUGUGUCGCAUGAAAGCUCUUCGUUGGCUCGACUUGAAGGGAAAUCCUCUUGAGCCCCGGCUCAAGGCGGUCGCCGGCGACUGCCUCAACGAGAAACAGUGCCUUCAGUGCGCCAAGAAGGUUGUCGAGUACCUUCAGGCGCAAGAAUCGGAACUGGAGCGCGAAAAGCAGAAGCAUCUCAGGGCACAAAGAGAGCAAGAGGCACUGCGAAAAGCAGAAGAGGAGAAGGAAGCGGAACGCCAGAGGCUAGAGAAAAAGGCUGAACGUGAAAAGAAGAAAGCAGAGCUGCGGCAGAAGAAAGAGCAACAGUUCAAGCAGAAGCAGGAGCUCAUGAAGGAGACGGAAGUGGCACAAGGAAAACUGCAGCAGUCUAAGAAAGAUGGGAAAGCAAGUACAAAAUCAGCUCCUGGCAACAGUAAGCGUGGAGGGUGCUUCUCUAUGCUGAUGACGCUGCUCAUCACCUUGCUUCUCUUGGCGGCCUCCCUGUUCAGUGCGGUUGUGGUGUACUCAUUUUACAAGCACAAAUGUCCCAUCACAUGGCCUUACAUACAAGAUGUGGUACACCAGCAUUGGCGACCGGUGCAGCUUUACCUACUCCAAGGCUGGGACUUGGCCAGCGUGCAAGUACAGCUGUGGACCAAAGAGAUUAUCCGUGUGGUCCAGUCGCUCGGUGCAGUGAAGGCCAAGAACUGACGAUGGAUUUGGUUCCCUUCACUUGUGCGUUCCAUCAAUACAUUCAGUUUGUCCUGUCUUCAAAAAUGGCUCAAUCCCAGCCAAAGCGACCGCAUUUCGAUGGGGACGAAAUGCAAUAACGCCUGCUUACUUAUAUUUUCAAGAGCCCGAGGUGGUAAAAAUUAAUCUGUGGUCUCCCACUAUAGUGUGCAUUCAGAUCAUGGUUAUGGCACAUAAAAGCCCAGAAUUUUUUUCGAAGAAGGCUGUGAGGGGUGUCUGAAUUUUUGAAAUUCUGAAUGCGAAUCCGAUGCAUCUGAUUCGGUUUGAGGGCGUGAUAUCCAAUUAUAUUGGAAUGUAUGAGGUUAGCACGAUCAUUGAAGCCUACCCGUCGUAGAGAAGGCCCAUAUGCAUGUGGUCCUCUGGCAGUUUCAAGCAGUCAUUGUAACUCUGGUAACCUUUCACUUUUUCCUGAUUUACAUAUUUUAAUCUGCGCCAUUGAACGAGCUCUUAAUAGCAUUGCUGCAGUUGCUCUAGGUUUUUUAAGUACUCUUGAAGCAGAAUACUAUCUGUAUUCAAAGCCUGCAUUUUCCAAAUAUUUAAUUGAAUUUGAAUAUUUAAUUGUGUUAUGGAUACCCCUAUUUUAUAUUUGUAAGUGCCAAAACGAUGCAAGGCAUCGCUGGCCUCUAGGGAGCACCGCAUGACACGGUAUACUUGAGGUACAGUUAUUAAAGGUUUGUCAUUCACUGCUCGCUUCGGAGUGGCACACAGUUAUUGGGCAUUGACACAACUCAUGCUUUGAUAGUUAAUUUGUGAAUAAAUGUAAUCUUUAUAGCUUC